AUGGCGAUGAUGACUGGCCGUGUGCUGCUGGUGUGUGCCCUCUGCGUGCUGUGGUGCGGUGUCGGCGGUAGAUGUGACGAGGUGGCGGAUUCUGGGGUUGCUGCUGGAAAAGGGAAUGGUGGUAGAAGUGCGGUGGAGCCUGCUGGAAAUUCAGAGCCAGUUCCAGACGCCUCAGAUUUAAGAAUAGAUGUGCUCAAUGUUAAUCAGGCAACAGGAACAUCUACAGGAAAAUCUUUGGAAGGAAAAAAAGUUAACACCGAUCAACAGGAUGUUCUUUCCAGAGAGGAUAAAAAAGAUGGGGGCCCUUCAGAGAAUUUGGAAGAACCUGUGGAAGAUGCUCCAGGAAAUGAAAAAACAAACCUGAAAUUAAAAAAAGAAGAACAAGAAGGAAUACAGCCGCUACAAUCGCAAUCAAAUGUGUCACCGCAUCCGCAGCCAAUACCGCAACAGUCACAAUCGCAACGGCAGCCGCAGCCACAACGAGAAAGAGAAGACGAAGAAACAAAACGGCAGUUGCAACCGCCAUCAGCGCCUCAGCCACACAUUUCUGCCUCAGAAAAGGGUGAAGGUGUUGGCGAGAACAAUACGGGUGGAGAAGGUCAGUCCCCACUGGGAGUACAAGAUAUUGGAAACGAGGAUCCAAAGGCCCCCAGAAAAGGAGACUUAUUAGAGGGUCCAGGUACAAAAUCAGAGAGCAGUGAACAGGUUCAAACGACAGUGCCAAACACAGUAACGCCGGAGCACAAAACCCAAAAUGAAAUGUUAACUCCGGAACAAAAGACGAAUGAAAGCCAAAGCACGGAUACAUCCACGAACAUACCCGAACUACAAAAGGAAAAUAAGGAAUAUCCUGCCUCUACAGAAGCUACGGCGCAGAGUACAUCAACUGGCAGUCAAGAACAAGAAGCUGAGCCAUCUACAAGCGAAGAAUUUUCCCCUUUUGAGGAGGAAGAAUCCACAGGGACGAAGACAACCGAGGAUGCUCAAACUCCGGAUGCUGCGGCGACAGAAAAACGCCAAACUGGAGAUAAUGAAAAGGUUGGCGACAGUGACAGCAGCACCGCGGUCUCCCACACCACCUCCCCUCUUUUGCUUCUUCUUGUUGUUGCGUGUGCGGCUGCUGCGGCGGCGGUGCCCAGGCCUGCAUGA